AAACGCUAAAGCCCAUGUCGGGAAUCUUUGACUUCAAAUGAAGCAAGAAAGUACAAACGUGUUUGACUAUGUUUGAUAUUUAUAUGCAGAAGUAAAUUCAGUGUCAAGGGUCGAAUCAAAUAGCUGCUCCAGCGCUGGUGUUGCUGCGUUGCAGCGUCGGGGGAGACUUCGGUGUUGUGGUGGCAGAGAAUAGCCUGUUUAUACGCCGUACCAAGAGCUUGCUUGGUGCAGAUCCCACCUGAUACUUCGUUCUUUCAACACACUUCUCAGAGCUUCGACGAUUGUUGGCAUAGCUCUUGGAUUGGAGGGAACAAUAAUUUUUUUCUCAAUCGGAGAAGAAGGGUCUUUUAUUGAUUCCUCAAUUAAGACACCAUUUAGCAGAAAAUGCAGUGACAAUACAAAGACUCCAAGAUGACUCUAGAUCAACACAAUGGAAGUUUUCACAACUUCUCGAAUGAUUAUUUAGCGGAACUAUACCCAGCCUGUGUGGAAUAUAUUAACGGAACCGCAGUUUUAAGAAAUCUCGAUCUGUGCUUGUGUUUGGACUACUCAAAUUUUACUAACACUUACAGUGAGGCGGCGGAGAUUCCUGGGUAUUUGACCAUCUUUUCCAUUUUAGCACCGAUAAUUUCAGCUAUUGGAAUUGUUGGGAUCAUUUUAACCAUAAUUGUUCUCUCUCGCAAAAGUCUCUGCACAUCAACGAACUGUUACUUAAUCGCUUUAUCUGUGGCUGACCUUGGUUUCCUCGUUGUAUUGUUUCCACGAUUUUUCGAGCGAUUUGUGACUGACGAACAGGGCUUUCUUUUCGGAAUCUUUUUCAACUAUGCGAGGAUUCUUCUGACGACCUUUCUCAGCGCAUCGGUGUGGAUAAAUGUGGUUCUCGCGGUGGAGCGAUACAUUGCUAUUGUUCAUCCUUUGAGAGCAAAUAUGAUUUGCUCCAUCCGGAGGGCGAGAUUUGUCAUCGUCUCUGUUUUUGUCUAUUCCUUCAUUAUUCAGAUACCGUAUUUCUUUGAGUACAAAGUCGUCACUGUCACACAUGAAACAUACUGUGCACCUGCCGUCACGUACUCUCACACUGUUCCCUGGCUUUUCGUCAGUCCGGAGGACAAGGAGAUUUAUCGUUGGGUAGUCGAUUGUACUCUCUCUGCCAUCGUACCAUUUCUGUGUUUGUUGGUAUUAAACACAAGGCUGAUUUACGAAAUCAGAGUCUCCACAAAAUAUAUCAGAAACAAUGUUGGAUUGGACCAUUCGAUGCAAAGAGUGUUGUCAAACGAACAACUGAAAAUAUCGGUAAUGCUGGUUUGUUUGAUAAUCAUUUUCUUUGUUUGUGAAGCCCCGUAUGUAGUUAUGAAUGCAUUUUUAAAGCAGAGUGUUAACACACAGGAGGUUUACAUUUUCUGGUACAUAGCUAUAUUCCUUGUAGCUCUGAAAUCGACGUUUAAUUUCAUAUUGUACUGUUGGUUCAGUGAAAGAUUCUGGGAAACGUUGAAACAGAAACUGUGUCUAACUCUUUGUAAUGAAGGUCGUAAAAACUUUAGUACAUCAAGGACGUCCAAUUGCAGUGGCAUAGUGAUGACGUCAAAUGGAAGCAAACGACGUCAUGACUUGCCGGAACAUGUUGUAUAAUAAAAGAAUUCUACAAAUAGAUUGCUACAAUCAUGUUAAUACAUUACACCAAAGCUUUAACAUAGCAUCCUCUGCAUGUUCAGGUCAAAGUCUCAAAUAGAAAAAAUUCCUUUCCCGACCAUGUAUGAUUAUAUAAACCAAAGAAUUUACAUUGUAUUUGUUUUUAUCAAUUGUCCUGUUGUCAAAAUGUGUAUCAUUGAUAUCCUAGUAUUAUUGUUUAUGUAAGAAUAGAUGUACUUGUAGUUAGUAUUGUUUAUUUGAAAUAAAUAACAAUCUCGU